AUGCCAUUGAAAAGAUUACAUUAUUACAAAAAAUUAUAUAUGCGGCUUUUGAGAGGUUCAGAACCUGGUCGGAAAGAUUAUAAUCUUUUAGCAGAAGCCAAUACACAUAUUGAUGCACUUAUAGAAUUAGAAAAAAAACAUGCUAAAGGAUCAAACAUAGAUCCGAGACCAAAAAGAAGAGAAAUUGAUCAAAACGAAAUUGAUGAUGAUAAUGUUGACAUGCCAUUACCAGUGCCACAAACAGUAAAAUACACAGUUAUCAAUCCAUUAGAUUCUCAAUCUGACUUAGAAACCCCCUCUUUACCACCACCAAUACCGCAAGCGGUAAAAUAUACAGUUAUUGAUCCGGAAAAUUCUCAAGGCGAUUUGGAAAAGGAUAUAAAAUCCCCGCCAAUUGUUCAAAACCUACUACAUCCACAUAAUUAUCAAUGGACUUUACAGGAAUUUGAGAGUAUGCUAGAUGUAACUGAAGCAGUGGAUUUAUUUUCUAGACAACCAAAGGAAAACUUUAAGGCAGUAGAGAUUGGUGUACGCUUAUUUUUAUUGACAGAUUUAUUAUUGAUAUGUCGACAAUUUACUCAGGAGGAAAAAAUACAUAAUCCUUUAAAGGAAUUUUGGUUAUUAUUUCCACCAUUAAGUGGUCGCCACUUAGUUCUUGAAGAUAUAGACGAUGAAGAUGGAGACUUGAUGAGUUUGACAGUUCUAAAAAAAGAUACUUUAAUUCUUCGCGCAGAAAGACGAGAAAUUAAAUCAACAUGGUUCGAAGCAAUCUCAAAAAAUAACAAUAAAAAUGAAAUGGUACCAUCACUUCGUAAAGUUGGUAGCAAUCCCAAUUUUCCAACACCUCGACAACCGAUUGAAAUGCUGAGAAAAAGUCCAAGUAUAGAAAAUUUAUCAAGCACUGAUUCAGGAUAUGAUAACAUGUUGAUGAAUAAUCAAUUAUCUCCAUUGCAGCCAUUACACAGAAACGAUUCAAUGAGUUCAUUGGAAUCGGUAAAUAGUAUUGGAUCAUUUGUAGAGACACUUUAUCAAACGCCACCAUCCGAAAUUUGCCGUUGGAUGAAUGAUGAAUGGGAACUGUUUAUUAAUGAUAGGUGUAUAGUAGAAUUGAAGAUGACAUCCAUUAAAAGACCAUGUUUAGUUGUUUUACUAGCUAAAAAUGGGCAAAUGAUUCUCAAUUCGUGGAUUCAUUCUUCUACUACACUAUUUCGUGAAUCAAAAGUUGCUGUAAGUGUUUCAUGUGAUAUUGGUCCAGAUACCGAAUAUUACCGGUUUAGCACCCCAACUCCAGCUGAUGCAGACAAUUUAGUUGAAAAUAUAACAAAAGCAACAGCAAUGACAAAUGAAAAUACAAAAGUUCAACAACUUGAAAAUGACAAUAAGCAACUAUCAUCACAAUUAAACGAUAAAGAUUCCAUUAUAGAACAAUUGAAAAUUGAAAAAAAUAAUCUUCUUUCUGCAUCUAAUCAAGUAGAAAAACUUCAAAAAAUAAUAAAAGAUAAAGAAGAGCAUGACGAAAAGUUGGAAAUGGAAUUGUCAGACUUUAAAAUUCGAUUUAAUGAUUUGGUGCAACAAUUAUCAGAAAAACAAGAAAAAACUUUGGUGGUUGAACGUAAUUCUGACGAAAAACAAUCGAUAAUUGAUUCCAUGAAUAAUCAAUUACAAUUAUUAACCAAUGAAAAAAAUGAAUUGCAACAAAGUCUUCAACUGAUCUCUUCUGAACUUGAAUCAGAGAAAAUCGAAAUCACCGAUUUGACUGACCAGUUAAAAUUGAAAUCUGCGAUUGUUGCAAAAAUAGAAUCUGAAAAGGUUAUAAAAAAAUUAAAUUUAUAA